AUGAAUGACAUAGAAGAAAUAUAUCUUCCAUCGCAUAAUCAACAUCAACCUGUAUCAAUAUCUAAUCAUGAUUGGGUUUCUGUAACACAUAAUCGAUUGACUAAGCGCUUCAAAAUUUGGAUUGGAGUCUGUACAGUGAUUGGUAUAGCUACGUUCUUCGCCGCAUUACUUGUACCGAUACUUCUUAUCAAUGGCAAAUCAACAUCCUUUAGUACUACAACCACAACUACUCAAGCUACAUCAAUAUCUACAACAACAACCUCGAUCACGUCUACAACCUCAACUGCAACGUCUACGACGUCGACUUCAACAACAACUUCUGCAACAUCAACAUCUACGACAUCGACAACCUCAAGAACAACUUCCACGACAUCAACAUCAACAACCUCAACUUCAACAACAACUUAUACGACAUCAACAUCAACAACCUCAACUUCUACGACAACGUCCACGACAUCAACUUCAACAACAGCAACAAUCGGUCAGUUACCACUCGUCAGUAUUAAUGGAACGAUUAUAGGUAUAUACAAAACAACUGUGGGCACCAACAGCACGACAGCAACACCUGGUAAUUAUAUCGGUCAAUAUAUACCGACUGAAUCACCGUAUAAUGCAUGUGAUAAUAAUACAGGAACAAAGUACUUAAGUUUUGGAACAUGUGGAGAAACAACAAUAGAUAGUAUAUGUGGUUUGAAUACUGGUUUGUAUCUUGAAUUGCAACGUGGUUUGUCAUUAAUCAUUGGACUACAAAUGUGUACAGGUAAUGAUUAUCCAGAACGUGAUCCAUUUAUAAUAUCAUUAGAAGGAAGUAAUCUAUCCGGAACAGUACUCAAUCUUGGUACUAGUUGGACUCUAAUCUAUAAUGGUCCUAGUGGUCUUCAAACAGAUCCUGGUCGAUCUACUUGUGGACGAUUUCAAUCAAUAAAUAAUACGAUUCAAUAUAAAAGCUAUCGAUUUCUUGUUUCUGCCAAACGAUCAAUAUCAAACAGCGUGCAAUAUUCUGAAGUACAUCUAUAUGGGUAUUGA